UUAGAAAUAUAACCUUAAGAAUUUUGCAUAUAUAGUUAGUCUUUUAUGUGCAUCUUUAUAAGGCACUAUCAGAAUUAGGACCUUUCUACAGGGAAUCUGUCGGGUAUAUUUGAUGCUCAGAUCUGCAGACACAGUUGGAUAGAUGUUUGGUUAUAAAAAUAAAUUAUACCUAUCCUGGAACUGAUGGUGAUUACCAAACUUCUUCCUUUAUUAAUACAUUUAAUUUUUUACAAUACAAACAUUUUUAAAAUAUAAUUCUUUCUUAUUUCCCAUCCCAACCACCUCUCCCCCCUACAAAAAAAAAAAAAAAAAGAGAAAACAAAAUGAAAACCAACCCUCGAUGCAAGGGAUCUCUUUCACCAGCCACUCCUUGGCUAUCCACAAUCUGGCAUAGAAGAAGGACCCGAUCAUUGUAUGUUUCAUUUGUUUUAAUACCAUUAUUACAUCAUCAUCUCCCCAUAUUGCUAGUUGAGGGGAAAAAGCCAUCUUCUUUGCGACCAUUUGUUGAACUCUCUGAAAAAUUUCUUCCCAAAAAAGUUGAAAGUUGUACUACCUGUUGGGCUAUAUCGGCACCGAUAAAAUCAGAAGUUGUAAUAUGAAAGAUAUACUGUAUAAAAAAUGCAACAUGGCAGGAAAAAGCGUAGGCAAGCAUCGGACGGGGGAAGGAAUUUCCUGUUAAACUCAUUGCUCUGCGUGAGAUGAGGAAACACGAAGUAUCCAGCCAGAAAGAGGAGCUGUAGAAAAUGGAACACAGAAAGUCAAAGAGAAAGCCUCCACCUAAGAAGACGAUGACGGGAAAUCUAGAAACCCAGUUCACCUGUCCAUUCUGUAACCACGAGAAAUCCUGCAAUGUAAAGAUGGACAGAGCCCAGAACAAGGGGAUCAUCUCCUGCACCAUGUGUCUUGAGGAGUUCCAGACCCCCAUAACAUAUCUGUCAGAACCAGUGGAUGUUUAUAGUGACUGGAUCGGCGCUUGUGAAGCUGUCAACCAGUAGUGUCGAGCCAGGAGGGCCAUCUUACCAAUCUGUACCAGAUGCCCUCUGUUGUAUUGACCUGUAUUUCUCACCUGACUUCCUGAGGACAUGUUCAGAUGGCCCCCUGGUGGCAUCAGGAUUGGGACCUCGAGGCAUUGCCUAUGAAAUAAGGACACAACCUUGGCUGCUAACAGCUGAUCCAUAAAGACCAUAUUAGACCAGGGGAUUUAAAGGGUGCUUUAGGUUUAAUUCCUUAAUUUUUUUCCCCUUAGUGAUUAUUGUUCUGUUAUUUAUCUACUUACCUCUUCAAUCACAACCAGAGCUAUACUCUAUAGAAAAUGCUAGCAAUGUUGGCACCACAUUAAAUGGGCACUGUCAGAUACAAAAACUUUUGAUUUGUUGUAAAGCACGUAUAACCAAUAGGUUUUGCAAUUGCUUUCAUUAGAAAAUUUUCAGCAUUUCAUACUGAAAAAGCCAGUCAAAUAACUACCUCCCCUGCCUGCUUGAACCCAUACUAGUCCUGCUGUGUCCAUGCAUCAUCACCUACGUCAUGGACACACUUCCUUGAUUGACAGCUGUGAGCGCAGGGCUCCCAGCUGGAGGAAAAAUCCUUCCACUGUCAGCUUGUGUACCACUACUGUCAGUGAGGACAAGCUGGGAGUUGUACUUUUGCUAAUGCUAGGGGAGAUAUGAGCAGACAGCAUACUGAGGGAGACUCCUAGGACUGUAUCAACCUUUUCCAGCCCAAUUGAGCACCUGAAAGCUGAACUAAUUUAUGCAGGCUAAAGUUAACAACCACCGAGCCAUGAGGUCCAUAACUAAUCAAAUUUCUGUAACUUCAUUCAUCUCUAGUCGUAGCAUUCACACCGCGCCUCCCUUGGCAUAAACCAGAGCAUAUUGCAUUAUAGGACCUAUUUCUGUGUCCGGCGUUUUCCAGGCAGUGUGUCUCCGGCUUUGCAGGGCUGCAGCUCCUGACAUGUCUAGUCAGCCUUAGGCUGUCCGGGCAUUCUGGAAGUUGUGGUUUUACAACAGCUGGAGGCGCCCUGGUUGGAAACGCUGUCUAAGGUAAUCAAAAUAUGACGUUCUAGGAUGGAGGCUUUGUUCACACUGCAGAUUCAAUCACUUGAUUUAAUGAGGGAAAAUGGUUAAGUUGCGGACACUAUGACAGAACCUGAUGGUCCAUUGAGCUGCUUUGUGGUUACAGUUUGAAUUCUGUUUUUCUGCUUCCAUGACGGACCAGAAAAUUUGAAAUUAGAGUGCGGGUGUGUAUACAGCCUAAGGCUGUGUUCAUAUGGCGGAAAAAAAAAAUCUGCUGCCAAAUUCCGUUGCAGCAGAGUCCUGUUGUUUUCAAUGGCAUUUUGCUGGACCGUGUGCACGGCAGAAACAUCUGACGCGGAACAACAAUUCUGCGUAGUCUGCUCGGAGGUGCAGUGCGGUUUAUGGAGAUGGCACAUUUCUGAGUGGCCUAGUGCCGGUAAGGUGGAGUUUGCUGGGAGUCCAUAGUAAAGCACGAGUGCAUGUGUGGUUUGCUGCAGGCUCUGCGGUUAGCAUGGGGCUAGUGUGCGCGGCGUUGUCGGCGGUCCUUGGUUGGCUGCAGACUUUGCUGGCGUGAUAGCAUACACUAGCAGUAAUACAUUUUACUGCGAGUCUCCAGCUUACAUGUCACUGUGAGUCGACUUCUCCCGCUACGUUCAUUACGCUGGCAGGGUCCGUGCUGAACUGCGCGUCCGCUGGUGGUUUGCUCUGGACUGCUGAGUACGCUGACAAACUACUCUCAUUACACAGCGUGCACUGGCCGUGCACUGACUGCUGUGUCCAUAGGGAACUCCCAGUGGGCUGUCUGCAGAAUGUCUGUUCACUGUGUGAACAUAGCCUGACUGUGUUCCCGAACCUGUGACUUUCCAGCUGUUGCAAAACUACAACUCUCAUCAAGACUUCAUCAACUCUACACUACAACUCUCAUCAAGCCCUUCUGCUCCAUGGGAAGUUUCUGUGCUCCCAGAGCUGUAGUUUUGCAACAAAAUAUUGGUGAUCACCAUUAGACUAGCACAACCUAGACUAGACCUUCCUUGACCCUUGGUAGGGUAAACUCUGACCUGGCUCCUUUAACCGGUUUAAGGAUCAUGUGAGAUGUCAUGUGAUGUGUAGUAACUUCUACCACAAAAUGCUCAUACAAUAAUGUACAAAACAAUGUGCGUGAUAUUGAUGGUAGGUUAGUAAUGUAAGAGGGGACGACCAUUGAAUUGGGCUUUGCCCCUCCCCACUUCUUAUGAAGGAGCAAACACAGGAUCUGGAUACCCAAAGAGGCAUAAGACAAGGCCUGGCUUUACUGUAUACCUUUUUCUAUUGUAUAUAUACCUUAUCAAUCCUGAGCUAAAGUGUUUAAGUGUAUAUCCAGCGUUUGUUCUGCAAAAAUCAGUGUGGACGAACACAGCUCAUGCUGGAUGGUACAGAUGGUGAGAUAAUGUGCGUCGGCUGUCAGGUUCUGUGCACGUGCCCUUUUCUGAUGAGCGGGGCUAUGGUUGCCUAUGCCCCGUGAGCUGCAUCUCUCUGCAGAACAGGUGGGAGGCCAAUGCUAGACUUGCACUUUACAUGUUUCUGGACUAGAAAUUGACUUAUUAAAAUUUUAUUUUGUAGAUAAUUCAUGUGAUGUAUGUAAGCACAGAACUGUGAUCUGUUAUCAUUUUGAUAUUAGUGAUUUUUUU